AUGGGAGUAGCGGAUUUGAUCAAGAAGUUUGAAAAGAUAUCCACUGAGGAUGAGAAAGCUGUUGUACCUGUAAGUGCCGGCAAACCAAAUUCGGUCAAGGAUGAGAAGAAUGAAGCUGGAUCUUUUGAAGAAGCAUAUAAACCACAGGAGUCCAGUGGUCCUGCUGCUCAAGACGUACAGGAGACUACUGAGGAACCAAUUGCAGAAGUUUCAGUGCCAGCUGAACAUGACAAGUCUGAGAUCAAGGUUGAAAAAUCUGAUGAAAAGUCUGACACCAAGGUUGAAGAAACCUCAUCCGAGGUGAAGGAGGCGAAAGAGCUGAGUGCUCGGAAUGAAGAAGAAACUUCAAACGAGGAAGCGGAGGCUGAGGCCAACGAGGAAGCUGAGGCUGAGGCCAACGAGGAAGCUGAGGCUGAGGCCAACGAGGAAGCUGAGGCUGAGGCCAACGAGGAAGCUGAAGCUGAGGCCAACGAGGAUUCUGAAUCAGAGACCAAAGAAGCCCAGGAAACACCUGAAGCUUCCACCGAGAAUGUUCAAGGCUCAUCUGAGUCCUCUAAGAAAAAGAAGAAGAAGAACAAGAAGAAGAAGAAGAAGAACAAUACUGCUACAGCUACAGAAGCAACUACCGAAACAGCCACAGGGGAAGUUGAGAAUCUUGAAGUCGUGGAUGACAAUUCGCUUGGCAAGACUAAUUCACAUGAUAAAGAGGAGUUGGCAGCAAUGACUCAGGACGUACAAGAAGAAAUAUCCGAAACGAUAGCCCAUGAAAACAUUCAAGCUGAUCAGGACAGAGACGCGCAAGUCUCUACCACGCGGUUGGGACGUGACGACCCAUUUGAAUUUGGGAAAAGGACUCUCACAGAGAGUGUUGACGUUUGGGAUCACAAUGCUUGGGAUAAUGUUGAGUGGGGUGAGGAGCAGAUUAAGUUGGCAGAAGAAAAAAUCAAAGGUCAAUAUGAAAACCCUGUAUCAGAAUUUGACAAGAAACUAUACAAUGGAAACCCUGCUCGUUACUGGGAUAUUUUCUACAAGAACAAUAAGGAAAACUUUUUUAAAGAUAGAAAGUGGUUGCAAAUUGAAUUUCCAUGCUUGUACGCUGCUACCAAAAAAGAUGCUGGACCUGUGACAAUAUUUGAAAUUGGUUGUGGUGCUGGUAACACUUUCUUUCCGAUUCUCAAUGAGAACGAGAAUGAAAAUCUUCGUAUAAUCGCCGCAGAUUUCGCUCCCAAAGCAGUAGAACUGGUCAAAACUUCUGAGAACUUCAAUCCCAAAUACGGCCAUGCGGCAGUUUGGGACCUUGCUAACGUUGAGGGAGAGUUACCAGAUGGUGUGGAACCUCAUUCUGUUGAUAUUGCCGUAAUGAUCUUUGUGUUUAGUGCUCUGGCACCUGAUCAAUGGGAUCAAGCACUAAGCAACUUGCGUAAGGUAAUGAGACCGGGAGGCAAAAUACUGUUCCGUGACUAUGGGCGGUACGAUUUGGCUCAAGUCAGAUUCAAAAAGAACAGGCUUUUGGACGAUAACUUUUACAUUAGAGGAGAUGGUACUAGAGUAUAUUUCUUCACCGAGGAGGAAUUGAGAGAGAUAUUCACUGGUGGCUCUUUCAUUGAGAGCAAGAUUGGUACGGAUCGACGGCUACUAGUGAAUAGGAAGCGGCAAUUGAAGAUGUAUCGUUGCUGGCUUCAAGCCGUUUUCGAAGUUCCAAAAUAG